GAGAGAUAAAGGGAGACAUGUGAGCCGGUGUGAGCGCAGAGGCAGCUCCGGUUGUGUCUGCAAGGUCAGGCAGAACGUGACAGAGUGGAGGGGAAGGGGUGUAGAAGCUGUGCUCUGUGUGUGUUGCUGUGUUCCUUGAAAGACAGGAAGUGGGCAAGUCUGAAUGAAUGCUUGUGUGUUUACAUUCAAACAAGUUGUGUGUGUGGGAGCAGUGGUAACAAUUGGUUAGAUGCGACUUCCUGUGUGUUGUUCUCAUGCAAUCCAUACUGUACUUCCUCUCUGUGCUGUGAAGUGUAACAUGGUGGAUGCAGAAUGCUUUUGUUUACAUGACUCUGUAUGUGUUCAGGUGGUAUGUGUAUGGGUUUUAUUAGCUGCAUGUGUGACAGCAGGGGUACAGUAAGGGAGUCUUGGUCUCAUGUUCCUGCUCAGUGAAACAUUUGCUCCACUUCUGCAGUGUGAAAUCAAACAUGGCCUAUUAAUAGUUCCUGAUGCACUUGCUGAGGCACAGUGUGCUAAUAUUCUCCCUGGCUGUAAAGCAAACAUAUAUGAAGAAAUGUGUAUGGUUUUUAGACAAUGCUGACAAUGUUCAAAUAGCCAUUAUUUCAAUACUCCUACAUGAUGAUACAAGUAUCAGGUAUCCCAUUUUUGUGUCACGUUGUGAAAUUGGAAGAGAGAGCUGUCUGGUGCAGACUUUGCAAAAAAUGCUAUUUGAACAGCAGAAACUUCACACAGUUACAACUCUAUUUUAAUGCAAAGUAUGUCAGCGAUGAGUCAGAGUGGUGACACAUGGAUGGAAUUUAAAUAGAGGAUAAGCCCACUUCUAAUGCUUUCUAGUCUUGGACACUGUGACCUCACAUGUGUGUGUCCUACCUGCUCCAGCCUCAACCUCAACUACAUGAGUACAAGUGCAACAUGUGGAUCCUCAAACUUGAUCUUUGCCUCUAACUUUCACAUUUAGUUGAGCAAAACUGAUCCUUGUUGUUUUAAAUCAGCAUUUUUACCCAGUUUAAUUUAUUCUUUUUUGUGUUUAUAACUAUUUUAGGGCUGUACUGGACUCAGAGUUAUGUCAGUCUAAUCAGAUGUGGCUGUUCAGUACAAAUAUUAAGCUAUUCUUUAUUUUCUUUUCUGCAAUAAAGCAUUUGAAAGUGAAUAGUGUUCACUGGAUGUUCAGGGUGUCAGGGACAUACACGUAAUAUAGUAAGGAAGCCAAACUAGCCCUUCAAGCUAAUGCACGCUAACUACGCUAAUGAACAUUUACAUAAAUAUUUUUUGCCAAAACUAGAUAUCAAGCAAAAGCCAAAGACUGUAUCAUGUUAAGUUGGACGAAGGGCCUUGUUAACUCCAAUGAAAGUUGCUUAGUGGUGCAUGAAGCCAAAAAAGUUCCCAUAGAGUAAGGGCACUAGAGACGUCCACUGGCCAAGCAGCUCACUCCCAGUUUAGGGCUCCUCAAUCAUGAAUGGGGAUAAAAUGAUUCAAUUGUGCACCUCUUCAAGACUUUAAAAUGUUAUUGGACCAAAUGGUAAAAAUCCUGAUAGUAAAAGGAGUUAUUUUAGGAGGUUGUGACAUUAGAAAAAAGUGUCCGGGGAAAGUCAUUUUGGGCCCAGUGGCAUCACGUGAUGGACCUGGAAGUUGUAGUUACACAGUUUGGCCACCAUGCCAAUUGGCUUAAAAAUUUGGCGCUCUUCCUGGUCUGCAGCUUCCUUUACCCAAGAGCAGUGUGACAGAGAAUAGCACUCACUCUGCAGCUAAAUGUAGACCAAAACGUCUGCGAUACAAUGUCUGUGUUUAGGGGUAGGGGAGUAGGGGACUGCUCGACAAUACAAUCGCAGUGGACGGGAGGGUUUCCGACUCAUAAUAAGAAUCUUGGACAAUCAAAUUGGGUGUUACAAAGUGUUGUACCUGUGAGGGUUUAUUAUUGCCAAAGGUCCAACUGAGAGUGGAUUAAAAGGUUCAUAGUGUUUCUUAACCAGUCACACAUUGACCAAUGCACUGCCAGCAAUCCAAGAAUCAAUAUGAAAAAAAAACUUUGUUACUGGUUGGACUUUGCAAUUAUGUAAUUUAUUGUGGCCAGAGUUCAGCCACUGUCUUCUACAAGUGAAAGCAACUUACAAGACUGUGUCACUCUGUAUGCAGAGUGUGUGACUGCAUCCGGAGUUGUACCUUUAAUUUUUGAUGUAGUGUUUUGUAGAUCAUGAUCAAACCAGAGCAUGGACAUCAUUUAUACAGUGACACCAUACUCCUCGGAGGAGUCCUCAGUGCCGAUCGUGUGGAGCAGAUGGCCAAGACUUACAAUGAUAUCGAAGUGGUCUCACACCUUUUGGCUGAGCGGGACAGAGACUUGGAGCUGGCAGCACGGAUUGGACAGUCACUCCUUCAGAGGAACCACCUGCUGCAGGAACGCAACGAGGCCUUGGAGGAGCAGCUAGCACAGGCCCUGGACCAGGUUCACCAGCUGCAGCAUGAGCUCAGUAAGAAGGACGAGUUGUUGCGGAUCGUGGCCAGUGCCUCAGAGGAGAGUGAGACAGACUCCAGCGUGUCCACGCCGCUGCGGCAGCCUCAGACACCAGGGGGAACCACUGCCGCUGCAGCACUCAGCCAGCUGGAGUCUCUGCAGAACAAGCUGCAGGAGCUGGAGGAGGAGAAUCUGUUGCUGAGGUCUGAGGCGUGUCAACUGAAGACUGACACCAUCACCUAUGAGGAGAAGGAGCAGCAGCUAGUGAAUGACUGUGUCAAGGAGCUCCGUGAGUCCAACAGCCAGAUGGUGUCUCUGACAGAUGAGCUGUCUCAGAAGAACGAGGAGCUGCUCAGACACCAGGAGGAAAUCGCUCAGCUGCUCUCUCAGAUUGUAGAGCUGCAACACAGAGUGAAGGAGUUGGCUCUGGAGAAAGAGGAGCUGAGGAUCCACCUGCAGGCGUCUAAAGAAGCUCAGAGACAACUCACAGCAGAGCUGGACGAGUUGGCGGACAGGAAUGCAGAGUGCGUAGAGAUGCUCCAUGAGUCCCAGGAGGAGAUCAAAGAACUCCGUAGUAAAAACACUCCCUCUGCCGGGAUGCGACGGCACCUUUCCUACGGCCUCUACCCCAUGGACUCUCUGGCAGCAGAGAUCGAAGGCACCAUGAGGAGAGAGCUGAGUGUAGAGGAGGAGACCGCCUUCAGGGACCAAAGGUCAGACAGUCAGACUUCACUACUGAUGGGCACUUCAAGCACAAGAGUAUCCCAGAAGCGAGUCUUCCAAACGGUCCGCUCCAUCAACGCCUCAACAUCGCGGCCAGCCUCGGCCACUCCUCCUAUCCCCGGCUCAGGGCAGAGCUCUUUAGUGAUGACUGCACAGCCCUUCACAUCCACUCAGGGGGAGGAGGUGCGAAUGGGCCAGCCCGGCUGUCCAGGAGGAAAUGACCUCACAAGAGCGCUCCACCGGCUGUCACUGCGACGGCAAAACUUCCUGUGCGAGCGUCAGUUCUUCCAGGCAGAGCGCGAGAGGAAGCUUCAGGCCUUGGCAGGGACGGAGGGAGACAGGGAAGGCAGCUGCUGCAGCUCACCGAUGGGCAGUGUGCUCUCCUCUUUCUCCAACCUGUCAGAGCUCUCCUUCAGCUCCAGCGUUUUUAAGACCUUCCUGCCUGAGAAGCUUCAGAUCGUCAAACCAAUGGAAGGUUCACUGACGCUCCAUCACUGGCAGCAGCUGGCCAAACCACACCUCGCCACCAUCUUGGACCCCCACCCUGGAGUAGUGACCAAAGGUUUCUGCCCACUGGCCCACGACGCCGUCUACCGCCUGUCUGACAUGGAGGAGGACGAGGAGGAUGAAGAGCACAGAGGUGCCUUGGAGAAGGGGGCGGCAGAGCGGGGUAAGGAAGAGGAGGAUGAGGAAGAAGAUGGCGGGAUCACCUUCAAGGUGCACUGUUCGUCUACGCCAGAGGAGAGGAAAGACAGAAAGCAUUCGGUGACACCUCUCCCUGUCCCGCCUCCGUCACCCGCAAUGCCGCCAUCACCUGGGACGCCCGCCACUUCCUCAUCAGUUAGAUCGGACCUCUGUCUGACCCCCGCACCCCGACACAUCCCUGAGAAAUCCAGCGUAUCAUCUCAGCCCAUUCCAACAGCCUGUACGUCAGUGGUCCAAUUACAAAGUCAAAUCUGCAUGUCGACAUCAACAACAUCUUCCUCUGUCCAAAAUCCAGGAAAGUGUCAGAGCUCCACUUUCUCCACCUACACCUUCACCACAUGCCGCAUCCUGCACCCCAGUGACACCACACAGGUCACCCCAAGUUCUCGGUCAUCUCUGGCCAACACACCCAGCUCCAUGAGGACCGGUCCCAGCACUCCUGUGACUCCCUGCAGACUGAGUCUGGGUGAUUCCUUUCCCCCUCGACGCCCUCCUGUGGCCACCAGCGGCCUGGCCAAGCUGGUCCUGGAGAGGGGCAUUUCUGCACAAGUCUCCACUGACACCCCUCCUCCAUCUCCAAAGCCCACACCCAGGCAACCUCUCUUCCACCUCCUCCCAAGCACGCCCCCUAACUCACCCUCCCACUCACCUGUUCCCUCCCCGGUGCCCCCCGAGUCCCGCCAGCACCCGGCUGACAAUUUCCUAGCAUCGCGGCCAGCGGAGCUUUUUCUCCAGGACGUUUACGGGUUAAAUCUAGGCCGUGCCCCACAUCCCGACUUACCAAGCCCCUCCCAGGAAACCCCAGCUUUUGUCCCAGCCCUUAAGUCAGGCAGAGUGAGGUCUGACCCAGUCAGCGUCGGCCUAGUGGAGAGGCUACGGCGUCUUGGAUUCACCAAGGUGCUCCAGGGUGCAGAGUCUGAGGCUCCAGCACCACGGCAGGAUUCUUCUACGUUUGUGUCAGCUGGCGGGGGAAGCCUGUUGGAUGGCCUGAGGCGCAACCAGAGCCUCCCGGCCAUGAUCGGCGCCCGAGCAGGGAAGUCAGCUGGUCACCCUCCUCCUCACCCCACCUCCCUGGCCCUCCCCCCAACACCCUGGGGAAACCCCAAAGAGCGGCGCCGGAAACUUGCCUCUGUCUCCCACGUCCCGUCAAGUACAACCAAACAUUGAGGGGGACAAGGCGGAUGGAGUGGGAGGGUGCAAACUCCAGAGCGAACCCCUCCUUUAUACCUCCAUCCGCCUUUUCCUCUCUCCUCCUCUCAGCCUUUGAAGAGAAGAGUCAGGGCAUCUGGCGGGCAGAACAAUCCCUCCUUUUUAUGACUUCAUUUUAAAGCACAAUUGAACUAAACUGACUGUUUUUAGCUAUACCGCAGUGUCUGUGUGUGUAGAUGUUUGCCAUGAUGCUAGUUGCUGAGGCCUUAGUCUGCCUCUGACUGGGUUAUUCAGCUCUCGCUACCUUCUCAGUCAUUAAUUAGGUUCUGUAGUUGUCAUGUUAGGCUCUGGAUGAUAAGGUAGAGGACUUAGGGAAGGUAACAAGAAAGUGAAUGAUGGUUUGUGGAUGUGGAUUGGAAAAGAAGGAGUUAAGAUAAAGGUGUAGAAGGAAUGGAGGAUGUGGGUUUUAUAAAGAAGAGAACGUAAGUAAAAGGCAAAGAGAGAAUGACUGAGCAUCCAGCGUUGCUAUUCCAAGGGCUUGUUCUGUAGUGGGUUUUAAAAGCUUUAGUCUGUAAUAAAGUAGUAUCAUGCUCGCCAGCCAUGCCCAUUAUACAACAAAUGGUUUUAUCUUCAAAUAAAAACAGUCACAAGAGAAGGGAUUCAACAUGCUUUUAUAAUUUGAGGACUUUAAGUGCUAGCCGGCUUAAUAGCAUACUGUCGAGCCAAUCUCGUAGUCAGACCGUGCCAUUAACAUACCAGUAUUAUUAUUCGAAUGAUUUGACAGUAGUCCAUUGUUGCACGGGUGUCUGGUGACCGUCCAUGUGCCGUGCCCCUGUUCCCGCCUCUCGCAAGCGUCCGCAUGACUUGUCAACCUUGCCUGCAGGUCCCAGCAUGCACCUGUCAGCAGACAGGUGGGGCCAGGCUGAAGCCACUGGGCAAGAAAAAAUGGGUCUGCCUUUUUCCUUCAGGUCCUUGUGUUUUGUGUGUUUUUAUGAGGCCUUACGUGGAAGCCAGCACUGUUAAUGAUUUAUGUUCCUGUGAAGCCAUGUUUGUAUAUAUAAGUUGCACUCAUUUGGAUUUGGAGGUUGGUUAAUUUAAGGAUCACUGCUUGGUCAAAAACAUUUCACCGUGGUCUUGGUAGGCCCUUCAAAGAACAUCUUAUCAUUUCAGUUUCCUUGUCUCAGGCCUGUGGGAUGUACGGGUUCAGAGGGAAAAGCCACUGACACAUUAUUUUAGUGGUAUGUCACAUGCAUAUGUGCACAUGUGGUUGUUUUCUGUGUUCAAAAUGUGUCUCGGGGUUGAUGUAUGUGGUUCACACACUGGCCAGCAGGUGGAAGUGUUCCUUUAGGAAAGCUUAUCCGAAAUAAUUGAGUGUUGUUGUCCCUAACAUCCGUCAGUCCAAGCAGACCCUCCCACUAACCUACUGCACUUUUUUAUUUAACUUUUAUUUAGCGACAGAUAUCUGAAGUAUACAGAUUCUAACAUAUUAAAGAGAACAUUUAGCAUUAUGUGUGCCUGCUGUAACAACACCAGCUAACAUUUUGACAUAAGCUUUUAAUAUAUGCAGCAUUAUUUUUUUGUUUUCCAAAUGUAGAGGCCCACAGAAGGGAAUCCAAAUUAAUCAAGUAAAGGAAUAAACGUGUGUACUGUAUGAUGCAUUUUGUGUUAAUUAGCUGUAACAUAUUUAACAAAUGAAGCUUCUGUGUAAUGUUUGUCGGAGUGGAGAGAAGAGGAAAGAAGGCACAUGCAGACUGUUCAUAUCUUUAGAUUUGUUGUAAUUGUCAUAUUUUCCAGUACAGCAGGAGGUUUGGGUUUGGGUCUUUUUUUGGCUAAAAUAAAAAAUGUCCUGUGAUGACUUCUUGCCUCCCCUCCAAGAUCAUGAUCCUCUGUAAACUACUCAUGGCUAUUACUCAGUUGCCUCUUUUUUA